UUGUUAAGCGAUAUAUGUAAAGGUGCCUUUUCAAAGCUGAACAUCAAUAAAACGCCAAAAGAGGUUACUGAUGAAGAGUGGAAAAAAGUUUUGACUCCCGAGCAGUAUGAAAUAACAAGAGAAAGCGGAACUGAGAAACCAUUCAGCGGAAAAUAUGACAAAUUUUUUGAAAAUGGCAUUUAUCACUGUGUCUGUUGUGGCGCUCAACUUUUCAAGUCAGAUGCCAAAUACAAUUCAGGCUGUGGCUGGCCAGCUUUCUCAAAGUCCGUUGACAAUGAUUUAAACAUCACUCGUAUUAAGGAUUUUUCGAACGGUAUGGAGCGAACAGAAGUUCGUUGCAAACAGUGUAAUGCUCAUCUCGGCCAUGUCUUCGGUGACGGUCCAAAAGAAACCGGAGAGCGUUACUGUAUAAACAGCGGGUCAAUUGAUUUCGCGAAAGAAUCUUAA